GAGUUGUUUCAUUGUCCAAUGCAGACUGAGCCCCUGCUCUAAUCUGGGUUAUCUGGCUGUAAUCAGCUUAGCCCACUACUGCUGAUGCUGUGUGGCACUUUCUGUCGCUUUAGUCUGCACUGCCAUUCAAACACACCUGCUAAAGGGCCUCAGUAGUAAUACAAACUAGCAGGAAAGUUCAGUUUGCACGUAGAAGAGGUUGGAAGAGCGCAACAUUCAGAGUCUUUUCGAGGAGUCCUGGCCAUGGCUGAGAGUCAAGAGACGGGUUCAUCUGAGGGGACACAUGCUGCAGACACGUACCCCAGAAAAAUACUGGAGUAUAUGGAAGGAUUCCUCAUCUCCAAGACGGUUUUCUCCUCAUGCGAGCUGGGUGUGUUUGAUGUGCUGCUGGCUUCAGAGCGUCCCCUGUCUGCAGAGGAGAUCAGUCAGGCGAUCGGAGCCAGUCUGGAUGGCACACAGAGACUGCUUUCUGCCUGCACUGGCCUGCAGCUACUCAACACACACCAGGACAAAGGACGAGUGUUUUACAGUAACACAGAGCAGGCCAGUGUCUACCUGACCCGCUCCAGUCCUGUAUCCCUCUACCAGUCCAUCCAGUACAGCUCCAGAACCAUCUACCUCUGCUGGCACUACCUGACCGACGCUGUCAGAGAGGGAAGAAAUCAGUAUGAAAAGGCUUUUGGAGUCACCUCGAACGACCUGUUUCAAGCUCUCUACAGGUCUGAUGAGGAGAUGCUGAAGUUUAUGCAGUUAAUGAACUCCAUUUGGAACAUCUGUGGUAAAGAUGUGGUCACGGCCUUCGACCUUUCGCCUUUCAAGAUCAUUUGUGACCUUGGUGGCUGCAGUGGCGCAUUAGCCAAGCAGUGCACGUCAGCCUACCCAGAAUGCAGAGUUACGAUCUUUGACCUCCCCAAGGUGGUGCAUACGUCAAGGGAACACUUUGUCACAGAGGCCGACCAGAGGAUUAGCUUCCACGAAGGGGACUUCUUCAAAGACCCCCUGCCAAAAGCUGACCUCUAUAUCCUUGCCAGAAUCCUCCACGACUGGACAGAUGAACGCUGCAUAGAGCUACUCAGUAGAGUCUACAAAGCCUGCAAACCAGGAGGCGCUGUGUUUCUGGUGGAGGCGCUGCUCCAUGAGGACGGCUCUGGCCCAGUGACAGUGCAGCUCUACUCCCUGAACAUGCUGGUACAGACGGAGGGCAAAGAGAGGACGGCUGCUCAGUACGCUGCCCUGCUGGCUGCCGUCGGCUUCACUGACAUCCAGCACCGCCUCACUGGGAAGAUCUACGAUGCUGUGCUGGGACACAAGGAGACAUGAGACCAACAAAUAAGGCUACUCGUGUGCCAGGACUGAAAACUUACACCACCUGGAAGCAAAAUGUUCUACUACUAAUACUGUACUAUUUUGGAUUUCUUUUUAAAUGUCACCAUAAGUUUCUUUAAAUAAAAAAGCUUUCUGACACUAUAUGACAAUACCACAUUCUGUAUCUACUUUUUCACUGAAUCUGAAUGACUUAUGAAAUAUUUAUUACAGGUGUGAAACCUGACCUGGGCACACGGUCCGGACCAAACAGCCGAAACUUGGUCUGACGAAAAGAGGCGGUCUCAGUCUGGAUCAAAAUGAACCAUGGCUCCUCUCA